AUGCGCACCGUAUGCGUCGGCAUAGGCCGCGAGCUCGGCGACGACGACCCGGAAGACGAGAAGGAGCCAGAAGAGACUGGCGCCCUGCUCAGUGUCAGCUCGCCACUGCCGCCCGUUGUCUGCACAUGCCCGGGAGGUGUACGGGACCGUCGUGAGCAGAGUCAAGAUCCCCGCGCAGUCACUUCGGCCGCUCGACCCAGCCUACCGUUCGCUGUCGACACCCUACUCCUCAGGUUCUUCCUUGCGAACAAGCUCGCGAUGGUAUACAUCACCGUCCCACACUCGCCACCGGAGCUCGUCCUCGAUGCUGAGGGGCUCCGCAAUAUCGAAGCCGAGCUCGUGCAUGUUGUACAUGUCGGCGCUGGCUGCGAGCUUGACGGCUACCGUGAUUGGCGCCUCGUACAGCAUCGGCUCGCUGCUAUCACCCGUCAUCUUCAGUCGGCACGGGCUGGAGAAUGUACAGGAUCCUCGUGA